AUCUUUGUCGCUUUGUCCGCAUUUGGUUGGUUGGCUGGUUUGGUCUCUCUGAGUGCUGCAGUAAAUGCUCCAAACUCGACUCAUCCUUUCCCACUCUCCAAUCACUCGCUUUCUUCCUGAGUGAAUGAGCGAGGAAAAUGAGUCAAACGCUGUGAAUGCUAUAUUGCUGGCUGUCUUGGGAAACAUUACCGAGUUGUGGGUCUUGCUUGUGUGUCUAGUCUAUCCAUUUAUGGCUGCCCAUCAGGAGCAUUAGCAAUUUAGCAUUAGCAAGUUUACUCUCUCUCUCUCUCUCUGUAGCAGAGCAUUGGAGCUUUGUCCAAAAUCAGGCCUUUUCUUCAUUCGAUUCCACUCUGUCUCUGUUUUUUCUCUGCAAACAAACCAAAACCUCUGCCUGUGUUACUUUCUCAAAAGCUUGAGAAACAUGAGUUGUGUGAAUCUGAGUACAUGGGUCCAAACCUGUUCAAUGUUUAUGCAAGCAGGCAGAUCCAGAUCCCCACCUUUCCAAACCCUUCAUCCUUUGAAGAACACACCCAUUUCGUUCACAUCCCCAGAACGCCGACGAAGACCCAUUUCUGCACACUCAUCGUUCUCCGUCACUGCGGUCCUCACCAAGGAAGAUACUGUCAGAGAAGAAGAAGAAUCAGAAGAAUCAAGACCCACUUUUAGUUUUAAGAGCUACAUGGUCCAGAAGGCCAAUUCCGUUAACCAAGCCCUCGAUGCCGCCGUUUCGAUGAAGGACCCCCUUAAGAUCCAUGAGGCCAUGCGCUACUCCCUCCUCGCAGGCGGCAAGCGAGUGCGCCCCAUGCUCUGCAUCGCCGCCUGCGAGCUCGUCGGCGGCACAGAGGCCAUUGCCAUGCCCGCCGCUUGCGCCGUCGAGAUGAUCCACACCAUGUCUCUGAUCCACGACGAUCUUCCUUGCAUGGACAACGACGAUCUCCGCCGAGGAAAGCCCACCAACCACAAGGUCUUCGGCGAGGAUGUGGCGGUUCUCGCCGGCGAUGCGCUUCUGGCUUUCGCUUUCGAGCACAUCGUGGUGUCAACGGCGGGCGUGCCGCCCGCGAGGGUUGUCCGCGCCGUCGGGGAGCUAGCCAGGUCCAUUGGGACUGAAGGGCUUGUUGCCGGACAAGUAGUCGAUAUAUGUUCCGAGGGACUUUCCGAGGUUGAUUUGGAGCACCUGGAAUUCAUUCAUCAGCAUAAAACGGCGGCGCUGCUGGAAGGGGCUGUGGUUCUGGGAGCAAUUCUGGGAGGUGGGUCCAACGAGGAGGUGGAAAAGCUGAGGAAAUUCGCGAGGUAUAUCGGGCUGCUGUUUCAGGUGGUGGACGAUAUUCUUGACGUGACAAAAUCGUCGCAGGAAUUGGGGAAGACGGCCGGGAAGGACUUGGUGGCGGAUAAGGUUACGUAUCCGAAGCUACUGGGCAUCGAGAAAUCGAGGGAAUUUGCCGAGAAACUGAACAAGGAUGCCCAGAACCAGCUGUCUGGAUUUGACCCAGAGAAGGCAGCGCCAUUGAUUGCUUUGGCUAAUUAUAUUGCUCACAGGCAAAACUAGCUUAUGCACAAUACUUGUUUCCUCAAAACGAAUAACUCCUAAACAAAGCUUGCUGCUUGUGAUGCUUGAGGAGAGGCCGAGAGACCAGCAGGGUGCGCUUGUGUUAUCUAGCAACAUUAAUUCUGUAGGGACGAAUCGAUUAUAUACUUUAGUUUCUGGGGUUUGAUCUGUACUUGCUCGAGUCUUUUGUUUUGGGCAAAAGUUGUACAUUUGCAUCGUCCUUCGGAUAUGCUCUGCGUUGAUGGAAAAGUUGCGUGGAAGAUGUAUUAAUACUCUUGGGAAUUACUAUCUGCUAGAUUUUCUGGCAAUGAAUUCGCAUA